GUGCGCGCUCCCUCCCUCCUUUCCUUCCUUCCUUGCUUCCUCUCUCCGGUAUCUCCCGUCACUGCGCAGUGGAGGAGCUUCACGCGCACCGAGAGAGACACGCGAUGACUCUGGAGCCCAUGAAAUCGGCCCUCUCCAUCGGCAACGUGGAGCACACGUCGCUGGCGCUGCCGUCCGGACACCAGUGCCGCUCGGCCCAGCAGCGCGUCCUGGAGCAGGUGCAGACGAUCCGGAGGAUCCGGUCCAGGACGUCCAGCAGCGGCAGGACCGGAUCCACGUCGCUCUCCCCGACAUCUCCUUUGUAUGACUCCAUAGUUGUAGAAGCUCUGAAGUCACAGGCCAACACGUCUAAUGGAGGCCUCUUCUUCGGGAACGGCUUUUCUCAAGCUCUCAUCCAAGAGAAGAACGGCAACCGUCGCUCCGUCCACAACACGAAGGGCUCCAGCGUGAAGAGGAGCACAGCCUCCACCUAUCAGAGCAAGAGCUACGCCCCCGCCGGUCAACCCAACACCAGCCGCAGCGACUCCGACCUGAUGUGGCAGCGCUCCGCGACGCAGCGCUCGGCUCCCCCUCAGAGGAUGCUGUCCACCAGGGGCACCGCCAAGACCAAGAGGGCCACCGCUCGCUUUGUGACGAGCGCCGCGCCCCCCACGGCCGCCGCCGUCGGCGCCCAGCCUCGGCAGCAGCAGCAGCAGCAGCAGCCGCCGCCGUACCCGGUGAACGGCACCGGGGGGCCGAGCCGGCAGCACAGCCAGUUCGUGAGCAGCCUGGUGAACCUGACCAAAACAGCGCAGAGGUCUCCCGUCAGCGAGAGCGUCCCGAAGAGCAGAGAAGAUUCUGGGUUAAACGGCAACAGUGGAUUGGCUGAUAUCACGAUGAAGGAGGCGGUCGAGUAUCUUUCCAGCGAUGAUGAGACGUACCAGCACUGCGGCGCGUCCUUCAUACAGCACAACACCUUCAUCGACGACAAGGCCAAAGAGGAGGUGUUGAAGCUCAACGGGGUCCCUCCUCUGGUGGGUCUGCUGCGCAGCUCCAGUUCACGCGUGAGCGAGACGGCCUCGGCCGCCCUCCGCAACCUCUCCUUCAAAAGCAACGGCAACAAGGAGGAGGUGCAGCGCUCGGGGGGCAUCGCGGCGGCUGCGGCUGCGCUCCGGGACACGGAUUCGGUGGAGAUACAGAAGCAUCUGACGGGUCUCCUGUGGAAUUUGUCCUCGGCAGACGGCCUGAAGCCAGAACUGCUCAAGAGCGCUCUGCCCGUCUUGAUGGAGAGCGCCAUCCUGCCGUACACAACCGGACCCGACCGGACCGGCCGCAACAGCCGGGACCCCGAGGUCUUCUUCAACGCCACCGGGUGUCUCAGAAACCUCAGCAGCACGAAGCAAAGCAACCGACAGGCGCUGAGAAAAUGCAGAGGUCUGGUCGACUCUUUGGUCGGCUACGUUCAGACCUGCGUGGAGGCGGGAACACCAGACGACAAGUCCGUGGAGAACUGCGUGUGCAUCCUGCACAACCUGACGUUUCAGCUGGAGGCCGAGGUUCCGGUUCUGUUCAGCCGGAUCACGCUGUUGGCGAAGGCGGCUAACACGGGCCUCGGCCAGGCCGACGCCGGCCCCAUCGGCUGCUUCAGCCCGCAGAGCAAAGCGGCCGCGCACGAGCAACACUUUGACUUCCCGGUGGUCGAGGACCCGCAGCCGAGCGGCGCCGGCUUGCUGAUCCACUCCACGACGUUGCAGAGUUACCUGUCUCUGCUGGAGACGAGCGAGCGAGAAGAAACACAGGAGGCCUGCUGCGGAGCCCUGCAGAACCUCACCACCCACGACAGCAUCGUCUCCAGCGUAAUGAGCCAGACGAUUGUGCAGAAGCUGAACGGCCUGCAGGUCAUCUGUCCCCUCUUAAAAUCAAAGAAAGUCAACAUGCAGAGGAACAUAGUGGGUUUGGUAGGAAACCUAACCAAAAACCCCAACUUGCACAAUGCCAUGGCUCGUAAAGCCCUCCCCGAGCUGCUGGGCAUCCUGAGCGCAGGCACCAAGGAGGGAAAUGAGUCCGAUGACACGCUGGCCAUGGCCUGCCAGACUUCCAACUGCCUGCUUAUGAAGGAACCGGAGAUGGGCAAGCCCCUGAUAAACAAGAAGCUGAUUAACUCACUGAAAGAUCUCAGCCAGAAUGGAUAUCUCCCCAAAUCCAGCAAAGCUGCAGCCCUGCUUCUCUUCAACAUGUGGUCCGAAAAGGAUGUGCAGAACCUCCUGAAAAAGCAAGGGAUGAAUAAGUCCUCGUUUGUGAAUGACAUCACCACGGCGGCGCACAGGUCGAUGCAAGUUGUGGAUUAACGGCGGCUUCCGCGGAUUGGCUGAAAGCCCUUUCGACAAAAGAGAAACUUGCCGCUGCACAUCCCCCCCGGAGAGCAACGAGAACCUGUCUGCUUCUCAAGUGUCUGUUAUUGUAAAGUCUGUGCCUGCAAUCUGGGACCAUGCACUUUCUGUAUUAGAUAUUAACAUAUGGGUUAUCAUUUUUUUGUCUGUCUAUGUCUGAUUUUUGGUCUUUUUUGUUAUAAGUUUGUAAUAAAGAGUGACCUUUUUUUUCUUUUCUUUCAUGUGUGUGUGAUUUUGAAAUAUUUGUCAUGUGUCCUUUUUAAUAAAGCUGUCACUCCUCGAGCUUC